CCCAAACGGUCUAUGUAUUCACUAACUUUAAAGAGAAAUCUAAAUGUUGCAGAUGACCUAGCCAUCUAAUGGUGGCGACAGACAAGGUAGCAGGCAAGCUGAGUUCGACUCUUUCAUGGGUGAAGAACUCAGUGUCGCUCACGGUGAGUCAGAUGGCUAGUCAGGUGGCCACCCCCUCCUCGCUGCAUACCACUGUGGCUUCAUCCAUGGCCUCGCUGUCCUCGCCCUCCUCAGCUUCCCCGUCCCAGCUCAGCCCGGAUGAUGUGGAGCUGUUGGCCAAACUAGAGGAGCAGAACAGGUUGUUGGAGACGGACAGUAAGUCUUUACGGUCUGUGAAUGGCUCUCGAAGGAACAGUGGCUCCUCACUGGUGUCUAGUUCAUCAGCCUCCUCCAACUUGUCACACUUGGAGGAGGAUACAUGGAUCAUGUGGGGACGCAUCGUCAAUGAGUGGGAAGAUGUGCGGAAGAAGAAGGAAAAACAACUAAAGGAACUGGUUAGGAAAGGCAUUCCACAUCACUUCCGAGCAAUAGUGUGGCAGCUGUUGUGCAAUGCCCAGAAUCUACCCAUAAAGGAGCAGUAUUCUGAGCUGCUGAAGAUGACCUCGCCUUGUGAAAAGCUUAUCCGCAGGGACAUUGCCCGUACCUACCCCGAGCAUGAGUUCUUUAAGGAGAAGGACAGUCUGGGUCAGGAGGUGCUCUUUAAUGUUAUGAAGGCUUAUUCCCUGGUUGAUAGAGAGGUGGGCUACUGUCAGGGAAGUGCUUUCAUUGUCGGCCUUCUUCUAAUGCAGAUGCCAGAAGAAGAGGCUUUCUGUGUGUUUGUGAAACUGAUGCAGGAUUACAGGCUGAGAGAGCUCUUUAAACCCAGUAUGGCUGAACUUGGCCUAUGCAUGUACCAGUUUGAAUGUAUGAUUCAGGAGCAGCUCCCAGAGCUCCAUGUGCACUUCCAGGCCCAGAGUUUCCACACCUCCAUGUAUGCUUCAUCUUGGUUCCUCACCAUCUUUCUUACCUCUUUUCCUCUUCCUGUCGCCACCAGGAUCUUUGAUAUAUUCAUGUGUGAGGGUUUAGAGAUAGUGUUUCGUGUGGGCAUGGCCAUCCUGCAGAUGAAUCAGGCUGAGCUCAUGCAGUUGGACAUGGAGGGAAUGUUGCAGCACUUUCAGAAGGUCAUCCCUCACCAGCUGGAUAGUGGACCCAUUAUUGCUGAACUGUUUCUUUAUGCCUUUAUUCUCAGGUUGGAAAAGGAGUACACUACAAUCAAAACCAAGGAGAUGGAGGAACAGGUGGAGAUCAAGAGACUACGCACAGAGAACAGACUCCUGAAGCAGAGAAUAGACACUCUGGAGAAAGAAAGUGCUUCUUUGGCAGAUAGAUUGAUACAGGGUCAGGUGACACGAGCCCAAGAGGCAGAGGAGAACUACCUGGUCAAACGGGAGCUGGCCACGGUCAAACAACACAAUGAGGAGACCAGCGCACUGCUGGAGCAAGCGCAAAACACCAUCCGACAGCUCCAGCAACAGCAGCCGUUUGCGAAGGGGAACCCACGCUACUCUGAAGAGUUCAUCCUGCAGUUGGAGAGGGAACUGGUGCAGGCCCGUCUUAAAGAGGCUGAGUCUCAGUGUGCACUGAAGGAGAUGCAGGACAAGAUUCUUAACAUGGAGAAGAGAAAUGCAUCCCUGCCAGAUGAAAAUAAUGUGGUACGUCUUCAGGAGGAGCUAAUUGGUGUAAAGUUGAGGGAGGCAGAGGCUCUAACAGGCCUUAAAGAGCUUAGACAGCAGGUCAGAGACCUGGAGGAGCACUGGCAGAGGCAUCUGGCAUGCACGGCAGGCCGCUGGAAAGACAGUCCGCGGAAGAAUGCAGCGAGCGAGCUUCAGGAUGAGCUGAUGAGCGUGAGGCUCAGAGAGGCAGAGGCACAGGCUGAGCUCAGAGAAAUCAGACAGAGGAUGCUGGAACUGGAAACCCAGAAUCAGAUACAUAGUAAUCAACUGCGGCGUGCAGAACUAGAGGCACGAAAUCUACAGGAGCGACUGCAGGUUUUGACCAACCAGAACAAGAGGUUGCAUGCAGAGCUGCAGGAGACAAAACGGAAACAGGCUGAAAUAGAGUGCAAGAAAGAGGAAGGAAAAGUCCAAGGUCAGCUCAACAACACGGACUCCAGCCAGUACAUCCGAGACCUCAAGGAUCAGAUAACAGAUCUCAAACAUGAGAUCCGAUGCUUAAGAGGGCAGCGGGGCUUACGCGGCCAACCCAGUUUUGAUGGGAUUCAUAUAGUCAAUCACUAUGGAGGGGACAACGAAUCCUACCAGUCCUCUGAUGACGAUGGAGUGAAGCUGUCACCCCAGCUGACCAGUCAUCAGGUUAGAGGCCGGAUCACACUACAUCCAAACCUGGAGGACUCGGAAAGUGAGGGUGAUGAGGAAGGAGAUGCCCUACGACUUAGUGUGCCCUCAAAUGGCAGCCAUAAGACAACUACAGUGUGAUCAUCUGGAUUGGUGACACAAACUGCCAUCGAAGGUCUGGGAAGGAGAGUGUGACUUUAAGCUCGUCCUUUAAAUCUGCCUAGAGCAUUGAGCAUGGGACUCAAACUGGAGAACUUGAAAAGCCCUCGUUCAUCUUUACAAAUGGACUUAUGGAGUCUUAUCUUUCUUAAGGUCAUGGUUUACAUCUGCAUUUGUUUUGUUUUUGCCAAAAUGUGUCAGAUGUUUGUCCUGGCACUAGUUUUUAAUUUUAGCCUCAAAAAAAAGAGGACGAAUAGGCCUCUUUAGGCUCUGAGACCCUUGUAAUCAAAAUCAACGUUUUGUGGCAAGAGAUUCCCAAACCUUAAAAGGUGGGUGUUUCUAAUACCCCACGUUUUUUCACAUUACGAGAAGCGAUUUUGUAUAGCGUAGUGUUUUAUGCAUUAAGAAUUUGCAUUGGCAUAGCUUUUAUUUUUUAAAUCAUCCUUUUUUAACAAACCACGAGAAACCAGUGAAAGCAUAACUUUUGAGGGAAACGUAUUACGGAACACUAUUAUCUUUAAAUGCACAUUAAACUGUUCCAUAUUAAUACAGUGGUGUCAUAUCGUAAGUUAGCAAGCCUUGUUUUCCUGGCAUGAAUUAUACGAUUGGGUCUUGAACACAUUAAGUGUGGGUCAAGGAACCAGUAUCUAUGUAAAUAUGUACAUGUUUUGAUUGUUUUUCCAUCUCCAUUAUUACUUGAAAAUAUGUAUUCAAUGGACGUCAUGUCUAUAUUGUAAUGUAUUGUACAGUUAAGUUGAAAGGGAUGUAUUACUGAAUUAGGGAGGUCUUUGGAGGCAACAGCUUUUCCUGGCACACUGCUGUCCGGUAACUUUUAUGUACUGUAGCUCUGAUGUAGGCAGUUCUCCGUUUCACAGAAUGGAGUUUUUGUUUUGUGACUGGAAACAUUCUAUGAAAUUCUUGCUGAUUUACAAUAUUUUCUACAGUAUGUGGUAUGCUGAGCAUGUUAUGAAUAAUGAAUACCUGCAAACUGAUGGAAUCGAAGGCAGGGAGUGUGUCGGUUAGUGGAACAAUGUUCUCAUUAUUUCUGGCCUUACUUAAGCCAAGCAC